AUGGCACCGCUGGAAGCCGCAUACAACGAGUCAAUCAACAAGUCGCUGGAUGUUGUUACCGAUUCGAAGUGGGUCAAGAUGUUUCCGCAAUGUGUCGCUGAUGCUGAUAAAUCGUCAAAUUUCAUGACGAGAGCUCUUUACGUCGGGUUUUCGGCAAUUUUAAGCAAACGUGGAGUAUUAGGGCCUGAAUUCUUUUCAAAAAAUCAUAUUACAGAGAAACUGAAGUGUAUGUCGCUUUGCUUCAAAAAUCCGAAAGCUCUACAGAUAUCGCAACUACUAAAAAAUGCCGGAGAUGCUAUAAAGAAAGGUUAUCUGAAGGAAAUUUCUCUCGUUAUUACUGAAAACGAAGGCGACGUCGACGCAAUUGAAGUAUACUCUUUCAAGUUCCAUUACUUCAAGAAUGGAGGAGUUGCUGCUCAGCUAAGUACAAAAGUGAAAACUGAUGAACCAUCACCAUUCGAAAAACUGACAGAGCUUGAUUAUCAAGGUACAGAGACAGUGCGCAAUCAACUCGUGAUGAUGACUCGAAGCAUUUCUCAUAUCUGUGAAAAAGUUCUUGAACCUUUGCCAAAUGAGUUCGAUGCAAACUUCCGUAUCGACUACACUGACGAGGCUCCUCUAAAUUAUCGUAUCGAAGGUUUUUUUGAUUCGUCGACAUUUUACACAUUACCAAACGACAUACAAUCUGCUACUCUUGGUCAUCUUCGUCCAGGAUAUCACGCAUCGCUUCUCGACGUCUCCAGUAUCUUUAUUCCCGAUACAUAUGCAGCGGAGUUAAGUCUCAAACGACAUGCUGAGAAAACUGCCGAAAAACUUGGCUACACUGCUGAUGGAAUACUCUACAAGUCAUUCAGUUUCGAUGGAAACGCCAGCAAUACAACUAGUGAUGCGAAUUCACUGGCUUCAUCCACCACACUGACACCGACUGUGGUAAAGAAGAAUGGCAAAAAAUCUGAUCAUUCCUCUAGCGCAAGAGUUGCUCCGUAUAGUAAAGGACGAUCCCGUAAAUAA